UCGUAUUUAUGUCGGAGCGAUAGCCUGCAAGCAUGUUGGCCGAAACGUAAAAUGGUGCCAACGAAAAGCAGCAGGAGCGGGAGCGAGAGCCGAGGGAUCGUAACACUGGAGCUCAAGGAUAAACCAUGGACUCUGCAUACAUCCCACCACACCUGGACGUCCACCAUGUUCCCUGCUAACCUCCUGCUCCUUAUGGUCCUGCUGCUACCUCAAGCCUCGUCUGGUCGCCAGGGUGGAGACACCAGCAAGAUCGACCAUGGCAGGGUGCCUUCCUCCUUGUCGCCACCAUCGGCUGGUCCCCUCCUCCUGGAGCCCAGUCUGGCUCAGACCAUCCAGAAUCUCCUCCUGAGCCGUCUGGGCCUGCAGUCGCAACCCAACCCUCGAUGGGAAGUGCCAGUGCCUGGGUACCUCCUGGAUCUUUACCGCUUCCACCAGCAGCAGUAUCAUCUAGUGGAGGACCCUUCGUUUAGCUUCCCCAGCCAGCACAUCCAGCAGGCUAACACCGUACGCAGCUUUCACCACACUGAGCCCCUUGGUGACAAUCCCAUAGCAGUGGAUCAUAAGAGGGUGCACAUCUCCUUCAAUGUUUCCUCCAUCCCUCAGGAUGAGAGGGUGCUCUCCGCUGAGCUUCGGCUCCUCCGCAGUUACAGAGCCUCCCUGGGUCCUGGGGCCCACAGACUAAACCUUUACCUCACUGAGCACCAUAAGGACCCUGAGCCCACCCUGCUGGAAACAAGGUUACUCACCACGGGCCUCCACAGUCAUAAAGCAAGUGGUUUCUGGGAGGCCUUUAGCCUAAGUGCAGAGCUCCUCCAUAAGGCCCUUGCUGGGACCGGCAGUCUGGGCUUCCUCCUGGAGGUCAGACCUGAGAACAGCACCGCCUCGCUCCCUGACCAGCGCCUCUUCUCUUCAGCAGGUGAGAAGGAAGCAGAGAAACACAAGCAGGGACACCUGAGGGUAUGCAGGUCUGUGGGUCAAGACGAGCACAGCUGGGCCCAGGAGAGACCCCUCUUGGUGACUUAUAGUCAUGACGGGCGUGGGGAGCCCUUAGUCAAACAUGGCAGGAGGACCCCCAGUGGAGGCCAGAGGAUGAGAGGAAGAAAAGGGACAAAAGAGAGGGCCAGGAGCAGCACCAAGGGCCGCAAUAGAGACCAAGCCUCUGGCAGGGCCAAAAAAACAGGGUAUAGAGUGCCGGGCUGGGGGGGUGAUAAAGGAGGGGCCAGUUGGAGCGAUAGUGGAAGGGUGAAAAGAAAUGGUGGUCAUGCUGCGAAACUGAAACGCCUUUCUCGCAACAGAUGCCGCCGUCAUCCUCUAUAUGUAGAUUUCAAAGACGUGGGCUGGCAAAAUUGGAUCAUUGCACCCAGCGGCUACAAUGCCUUCUUCUGCGUGGGAGUGUGUCGCUUUCCUCUGGCCGACCACAUGAACUCCUCUAGCCACGCCAUGGUGCAAACUCUGGUAAACUCUGUGAAUGGAGCAGUGCCCCCGGCCUGCUGCAUCCCCACCUCCCUCAGCCCCAUCGCCCUGCUCUACCUGGACCCUCAAGACCGAGUGGUGCUGAAGAAUUACCAGGACAUGGUGGUGGAGGGCUGCGGCUGCCGGUAGUGGGCUGAAGAACUCACCCAGAGAAAGCCAGACGUGGACGGAAGAGCAUCGAGGGAAUAGAAGAAAGACAGAAGCAUGAAAAGGCAGAUGGUGGGAAGAAGAGAUUGUAGAAGCCAGCUAACUGCAAACAGACGUGGAGACUGAUAGAGACAAAUGUAAUGUGUAGCGUAAGGAGGAUGAGUGGAGAGGAGGGAGAUAAGGGAAUGGAUAUAGCAGCUGAAUCUUCAUCAUCAGGAGCAAGAAAAAAACGGUCAGACAUAGAAAGAGAAAGAAAAAGAGUGUGAGAAAUAGACAUAAUCUGCCACACAACAGGAUAAAUAGUUAGACAAUAAGGCAGUGGGAGCAGAAAUAUGGUCAACACAGGUAAACUGCCAGGAAUUACUUUUCACCUUUUCCCAUUUAGUGAUGAUGCAGCUGUUUACACCACCAAACGACAGGCUACUUGUUCUCUCACAAGAAGCCAGCGCUUUAACAUCAGAUGGUGUCUAUUCUAUAUCCCAGUGUUUGCCACUCAUCACACACACACACACACACACACACACACACACACACACACACACACACACACACACACACACACACACACACACACGACGCACAUGUCUUUAGCAGCCGAAAGGGUAAACAUUCAGAGUAGGCAGUCGUGGACACACAAUUCUUCAGCUCUGGAGCAGAAUCCUGUAACUCCCUGAUGGACUUCCUGAUGAUCAACAGCAUUAAGCAAUAUGACAAUGGCACUAGCACGGCAUCUAAACUUUGUGACAGUGUUGUUUCUGCAGUAUUUAAACCAAGAAGUAGGGUGCAUCUGAUUUUACAGUAUGAACGUUAAUAUAAUGACAGACUGUCCCCUUUACAAGCACCCCUACAUCACAAGCUAUUUAAAACCACAACAAUAAUGCUGAGGAACUAUUAUGCUAUUGUUUGAAUGUACUACUAUCACUAUUAUUUAAAAAGAGACUUUUUUUUACCAUUCUUUAGCAGACGUGAAGAAAAUCCAAUUGAUGGUUGUCUUGUGAUUAUACAUAAUUCCACUGAAUGGUGAUUCUAACUUAAAAGACACGUUAUGUAUUUAAAUAGCAGCAAUAUGGUGUAUUUAAUCUUAAACAUAUUUAAGAUACCUGCACUCAGCAGAGCAAACUGAAAGCCUGCUGUCCACA